AUGUAUCAACUUACAAAAUAAUUGGUUGAUUUUCGAAGGAAUCAAUUUCUAAAUUAAGGACUUUAGACAGAAUUCACCAUUCAAUCUGAAAAUGCGUAUUGAUAUUAUUUGAAUGUAUAGUAAUAAAUUAGUGAGUGUUGGAUCACAAUUAAAAAAUCUAAACAAUAUUGAGAAACAACGUUAUUUAAGACCUGAUUCAUCUUAUGAUGAGAGUUCAGGGGAAUCUAGUGUUAUGUGUGAAUAGAUUCGUUAAAAAAGAUUAAGUGUAGAAGAUGUUCUUUCAAUAGUAAUUGAUUCAGAAUGCAAUCAAGUUAUUAAAUUGGAGCCUAAACCUUUUUAGAAAAAGUAAUAUUGAAAAUAAUAAUUAGCAAUCGAGUAGAUCAAGAGUGGGAAUCAUAAAAAACUAUAAUAAUAUAGAAUAUCGAUGAGGAAGCCAUAGACAAUCUAGACUUAAAUGAAUUUUUUGAUGAAUAGUAUACAAUUUUAUGAAUUG